AUGAUCAUAUUCUAUCAUAAAUGUAAUAUAUACUCGUAUUUUGUUAUCGUUUUGUCCUAUUCUUACUUGAUGGGAAGAAAAGUUACUCGUUUAGCUUCAAAAAUUUGGAAUCCUGUGUUUACAAAACAACUGAAAACUGCCCAAAAAUUCGCCUACUUUAUGGUUUUAGAUUUCGAAGCAACUUGUGAACGAGAUAAAAAAAUUGAAGCUCCUGAAAUUAUCGAGUUCCCUGUUCUCAUGGUGAAUCCUUCAACCUUUCGAAUCGAAGCCAAUUUCCAUCAGUACGUUAAGCCUACUGUUAAUCCACAAUUGAGCGAUUUCUGUACAGAGUUAACUGGAAUUAUACAAGAUAUGGUAGAAGAUCAACCGGAUUUACCGACAGUACUCAAGAUGUUUGAUUCAUUUCUUCGUGAAAAAAACCUGAAUGUUCAUCCCAGUAAAUUUGCUUUUGUUACGUGUGGUGAUUGGGACCUAAAAACAAUGUUACCGGUUCAGUGUAAACAGUUGGGUAUAGACGUUCCAGACUAUUUCAAGCAGUGGAUUAACUUGAAGCAGGUGUAUUGUGAUGUGAUGGGUCAAUUCCCACAAAGUAUGAUGUCUAUGCUGUCAGAUUUGAAACUAAAACACGUCGGUCGACAUCAUAGUGGUAUUGAUGAUUGUACUAAUAUCGCAAACAUUCUAUGUGAAUUAAUUCGAAAGGGUGCUACUCCUGAAUAUACUGGGAAAUCUAGAUGA